AUGGCGAAAACGGACGCUCCAGUCCUUGGGCUGGGAGCCAGGGGAGAUUUCCGGGUCAAGCACUCCAAGGAUCCAGAUGUCUGUCUAUUGAAGGUUUGUGGAGAUAAUAGCUGCUGUCUGGAGCGAAGGCAGGUAAGGGCUGCCACGCCAGAUGGUGUCUGUAGCCAGGUCAGCACGGAGCAUACGGUUCCAGACAGCAUGUGGGAAAAUGCGAAAGUGUUUGGAGAAGGCCUCCUCUAUCACCUCCGGCAGCCCCCUCACUGCUCACAUGGGUCUCUGUUCCCCCGGCAGGAAGAUGAAGUGGUCCUCCAGUGCAUCGCCAACAUUCACAAGGAACAGAGGAAGUUCUGCCUGGCAGCUGAGGGACUUGGGAAUCGCCUGUGCUUCUUGGAACCCACUUCAGAAGCCAAGUAUGUUCCUCCAGAUCUCUGCGUCUGCAAUUUUGUACUGGAACAGUCCCUCUCUGUCAGAGCCCUCCAGGAAAUGCUUGCCAACACAGGUGAAAAUGGCGGCGAAGGGGCUGCACAAGGGGGUGGCCACAGGACCCUGCUGUACGGCCACGCGAUUCUCCUGCGGCACUCCUUCAGCGGAAUGUAUCUAACAUGUUUGACUACAUCAAGAUCCCAGACAGAUAAACUUGCCUUUGAUGUAGGUCUACGGGAACAUGCCACAGGAGAAGCCUGUUGGUGGACCAUACAUCCCGCUUCCAAGCAGAGGUCUGAGGGAGAAAAGGUUCGAAUUGGUGAUGACCUCAUCCUUGUCAGCGUAUCCUCUGAAAGAUACCUCCAUCUCUCGAUUUCAAAUGGUAACAUACAAGUGGAUGCCUCCUUUAUGCAAACACUCUGGAAUGUACAUCCUACGUGCUCCGGAAGUAGCAUCGAGGAAGGAUACCUACUUGGUGGGCAUGUAGUACGUCUUUUCCAUGGUCACGAUGAGUGUUUGACAAUACCAUCUACAGACCAGAAUGAUUCCCAGCACAGGAGGAUAUACUACGAAGCUGGGGGAGCUGGCACGAGAGCCAGAUCUCUGUGGAGAGUGGAACCCCUUCGAAUAAGUUGGAGUGGCAGUAACAUCAGAUGGGGCCAGGCUUUCCGACUUCGGCAUCUCACCACAGGCCUCUACCUGGCCUUGACAGAGGACCAAGGCCUUAUACUGCAAGACCGGGGAAAAUCAGACACCAAGUCCACAGCCUUCUCUUUCCGAGCAUCAAAGGAAAUUAAGGAGAAGCUGGAUUCCAGUCACAAGCGAGAUAUAGAGGGCAUGGGAGUCCCAGAAAUCAAGUACGGGGACUCUGUCUGCUUUGUCCAACAUAUAGCCAGUGGUCUCUGGGUGACCUACAAAGCACAAGAUGCCAAGACAUCCCGCCUGGGACCUCUGAAGAGAAAGGUCAUACUCCAUCAGGAAGGCCACAUGGAUGACGGGUUAACACUGCAGAGAUGCCAGCAUGAGGAGUCCCAGGCUGCCCGGAUCAUCCGGAACACGACCGCUUUAUUCAGCCAGUUUGUAAGUGGAAACAGCCGCACAGCAGCCCCUGUCACCCUGCCGAUAGAAGGGGUCCUGCAGACCUUACACGACUUGAUCACCUACUUCCAGCCCCCGGAGGAGGAGAUGCAGCAUGAGGACAGGCAGAGCAAGCUCCGCUCACUCAAAAACAGGCAGAAUCUUUUCAAGGAAGAGGGAAUGUUGGCUCUUGUGUUAAACUGCAUUGAUCGCUUAAAUAUCUACAAUAGCAUAGCACACUUCACAGGGAUUGCCAGGGAAGAGAGUGGGAUGGCCUGGAAAGAAAUUCUGAACCUCCUCUAUAAAUUGCUGGCUGCUCUCAUUCGUGGAAACAGAAACAAUUGCGCUCAAUUCUCCAAUAACCUUGAUUGGCUAAUCAGCAAAUUGGACAGACUAGAAUCUUCCUCAGGUAUCUUGGAAGUUUUGCACUGCAUCCUGAUUGAAAGCCCAGAAGCCUUAAACCUGAUAGCAGAAGGCCACAUCAAGGCAAUCAUCUCCCUGUUGGAUAAACACGGACGAAAUCACAAGGUUCUGGAUGUGCUGUGUUCCCUCUGUCUCUGCAAUGGGGUCGCAGUGAGAGCCAACCAGAAUCUGAUCUGUGACAACUUGCUGCCCCAGAGAAACCUGCUCCUGCAGACGCGGCUCAUUAACGAUGUGACAAGUAUUCGGCCAAACAUCUUCCUGGGAGUCGCUGAGGGCUCAGCACAGUACAAGAAGUGGUACUUCGAGCUAAUCAUCGACCAGGUGGACCCCUUCCUCACAGCAGAGCCCACACACCUGCGGGUGGGCUGGGCCUCUUCCUCAGGCUAUGCCCCGUACCCCGGAGGCGGAGAAGGAUGGGGGGGCAACGGUGUUGGCGAUGACCUGUACUCCUAUGGCUUUGAUGGACUUCACCUUUGGUCAGGCCGCAUACCCAGAGCCGUGGCCUCCAUCAACCAGCACCUCCUGAAGUCGGACGACGUGGUGAGCUGUUGCCUGGACCUCGGAGCGCCCAGCAUCUCUUUCCGCAUCAACGGGCAGCCUGUGCAGGGGAUGUUUGAGAACUUCAACACAGAUGGGCUCUUCUUCCCUGUGGUGAGCUUUUCAGCAGGUGUCAAAGUACGUUUCCUGAUGGGGGGACGUCACGGAGAAUUUAAGUUCCUGCCUCCCUCUGGCUAUGCCCCUUGUUACGAAGCCUUACUUCCAAAAGAAAAGAUGAGAUUGGAGCCUGUCAAAGAGUAUAAACGUGAUGCUGAAGGUGUUCGAGAUCUGCUGGGUACCACCCAGUUCCUCUCCCAAGCUUCUUUCAUUCCGUGCCCCAUAGAUACCAGUCAGGUUGUUUUACCACCUCACCUAGAGAAGAUCCGAGACAGGCUGGCUGAAAACAUCCACGAGCUUUGGGGAAUGAAUAAAAUAGAGCUUGGCUGGACUUUUGGCAAGGUACGGGAUGACAACAAAAGACAACACCCCUGCCUUGUCGAGUUUUCAAAGCUGCCUGAAACUGAGAAGAAUUAUAACCUACAAAUGUCAACUGAAACCUUAAAAACCCUCCUGGCCCUGGGGUGCCACAUCGCUCAUGUUAACCCGGCUGCUGAGGAGGAUCUCAGGAAGGUCAAGUUGCCCAAAAACUACAUGAUGUCCAAUGGCUAUAAGCCAGCCCCUUUGGAUUUGUCUGAUGUGAAGCUGUUACCUCCUCAAGAAAUUUUAGUGGAUAAGCUUGCAGAAAAUGCACACAAUGUUUGGGCAAAAGACAGAAUAAGACAAGGAUGGACCUAUGGCAUUCAACAGGAUUUAAAGAACAAAAGAAAUCCCCGUCUGGUGCCAUACGCAUUAUUGGAUGAGCGUACCAAGAAGUCAAAUAGGGAUAGCCUUCGUGAAGCUGUUCGGACUUUUGUUGGUUAUGGCUAUAACAUUGAGCCAUCAGACCAAGAACUAGCCGACCCAGCUGUGGAGAAAGUCAGCAUAGACAAGAUCCGCUUUUUCCGGGUAGAGCGCUCUUAUGCAGUGAGAUCUGGAAAGUGGUAUUUUGAGUUUGAGGUAGUGACCGGAGGAGACAUGCGUGUCGGCUGGGCCAGGCCAGGCUGUCGGCCUGACGUUGAGCUGGGGGCCGAUGACCAAGCCUUUGUGUUUGAAGGCAGCAGGGGCCAGCGCUGGCAUCAAGGGAGUGGGUAUUUUGGACGGACCUGGCAGCCAGGAGAUGUGGUUGGGUGUAUGAUUAACCUGGAUGAUGCUUCAAUGAUCUUCACGCUGAAUGGGGAGUUGCUGAUCACCAACAAAGGCUCUGAGCUUGCCUUCGCUGACUACGAGAUUGACGAUGGCUUUGUGCCCAUAUGCUCUCUGGGCCUGUCUCAGAUCGGCCGCAUGAAUCUCGGGAUGGACGCCAGCACCUUCAAGUUUUAUACCAUGUGCGGCCUCCAAGAGGGCUUUGAGCCUUUUGCUGUCAACAUGAACCGCGACGUGGCCAUGUGGUUCAGCAAGCGCCUCCCAACAUUUGUCAAUGUGCCCAAGGAUCAUCCACAGAUAGAGGUCGUGAGGAUCGAUGGCACCAUGGACAGCCCUCCGUGCCUCAAGGUGAUCCACAAGACGUUCGGCACACAGAACAGCAAUGCCACCAUGAUCUACUGCCGCCUGAGCGUGCCGGUGGAGUGCCACUCCUCGUUCAGUCACAGCCCGUGUCUGGACAGUGACGCUUUCCAGAAAAGGAAACAGAUGCAAGAAGUACUCUCUCAUACAACAACACAGUGCUACUACGCAAUUCGCAUCUUUGCUGGACAGGACCCCUCCUGCGUCUGGGUCGGAUGGGUGACUCCCGACUAUCAUUUGUACAGUGAAAAGUUUGACUUGAAUAAAAACUGUACCGUGACUGUUACUCUGGGGGACGAAAGAGGCCGGGUCCACGAAAGUGUGAAGCGCAGCAACUGCUACAUGGUCUGGGGUGGGGACAUCGUGGCCACGUCCCAAAGAGCAAGUCGCAGCAACGUGGACCUAGAGAUCGGCUGCCUCGUGGAUCUGGCAAUGGGCAUGUUGUCCUUCUCGGCCAACGGGAGGGAACUCGGCACCUGCUACCAGGUGGAGCCCAAUACCAAAGUGUUUCCAGCAGUCUUCCUGCAGCCUACAAGCACCUCUUUGUUUCAGUUUGAACUUGGGAAGCUGAAGAACGCCAUGCCCCUGUCGGCAGCCAUAUUUAAGAGUGAAGAGAAAAACCCCGUCCCGCAGUGCCCACCACGGCUGGACGUCCAAACCAUCCAGCCCGUCCUCUGGAGCCGCAUGCCCAGCAGCUUCCUGAAGGUGGAGACGGAGCGGGUGAGCGACCGCCAUGGCUGGGUGGUGCAGUGCCUGGAGCCUCUACAGAUGAUGGCGCUCUACAUCCCCGAGGAGAACAGGUGUGUGGACAUCCUGGAGCUCUGCGAGAAGGAGGACCUCCUGCGGUUCCAUUACCACACGCUGAGACUCUACAGCGCCUUGUGCGCCCUGGGAAACAGCCGGGUGGCUUACGCCCUGUGCAGCCACGUGGACCUCUCCCAGCUCUUCUAUGCCAUUGACAACAAGUACCUCCCCGGCUUCCUGCGCUCCGGCUUCUAUGACCUUCUCAUCAGCAUCCACCUGGCCAGCGCUAAGGAGAGGAAGCUGAUGAUGAAGAAUGAGUACAUCAUCCCCAUCACCAGCAACACCAGGAAAAUCCGCCUGUACCCGGACGAGUCCAAGAGGCAUGGGCUCCCUGGGGUGGGCCCGAGAACGUGCCUCAAGCCAGGGUUCAGGUUCUCCCCCGCCUGCUUCGUCAUGACCAGCGAGGAACACCAGAAGCAGAGCCCCGAGAUUCCCUUGGAGCUUCUCAAGACGAAGGCGCUGAGCAUGCUGACGGAGGCAGUGCGGUGCAGUGGGGCUCACAUCCGGGACCCCGUCGGGGGGUCCGUGGAGUUCCAGUUCGUGCCUGUGCUGAAACUCAUCGGAACCCUGCUGGUCAUGGGGGUGUUUGACGAUGACGAUGUUCGGCAGAUCCUCCUUGUCAUCGACCCCUCCGUGUUUGGGGAGCACAGUGCGGACACACAGGACGGAGCAGAGAAGGAGGAGGUGACCCAGGUCGAGGAGAAGGCUGUGGAGGCUGGGGAAAAGGCCAGCAAGGAGGCUCCCGUCAAAGGCUUGUUGCAGACCCGACUACCGGAGUCCGUCAAGCUGCAGAUGUGUGAGCUCCUCAGCUAUCUCUGUGACUGUGAGCUGCAGCACCGGGUGGAGGCCAUCGUGGCCUUUGGCGACAUUUAUGUCUCCAAGCUCCAGGCAAAUCAGAAGUUCCGCUACAACGAACUCAUGCAGGCCCUGAACAUGUCUGCGGCCCUGACUGCUCGGAAGACCAGGGAGUUCCGCUCACCCCCGCAGGAGCAGAUCAACAUGCUCCUUAACUUUCAACUGGGGGAGAACUGCCCGUGCCCAGAAGAGAUCCGGGAGGAGCUGUAUGACUUCCACGAGGACCUUCUCAUUCACUGCGGGGUUCCUCUGGAGGAAGAGGAAGCGGAAGAGGAGGACGCCUCCUGGACUGGAAAAUUCCGUGCCUUGGUGUAUAAAAUCAAAGGCUCUUCCAAGCCAGAGAAGGAGCGGCCGACAGAGGAGGAGGAGAGAUGCCCUACUGCAACCCUUGGGGGAAUGGGUAUGGGCAGAGAAGACAUAAUGAACAACAAGGUGUUUUACCAGCACCCCAACCUCAUGCGAGUCCUCGGCAUGCACGAGACAGUCAUGGAGGUGAUGGUGAACGUGCUGGGUGCGGAGAAAUCUCAGAUUGCCUUUCCAAAGAUGGUUGCUAGCUGUUGCCGCUUCCUGUGCUAUUUCUGUCGAAUUAGCCGACAAAAUCAGAAGGCCAUGUUUGAGCAUCUCAGUUACCUGCUGGAGAAUAGCAGUGUUGGCCUAGCCUCCCCGUCCAUGAGAGGAUCCACCCCGCUGGACGUGGCUGCUUCCUCUGUGAUGGACAACAACGAGUUAGCACUGGGCUUAGAGGAACCAGACCUCGAGAAGGUGGUGACCUACUUGGCAGGCUGUGGCCUACAAAGCUGCCCCAUGCUUCUGGCCAAAGGAUACCCUGAUGUCGGCUGGAACCCCAUUGAAGGGGAGCGCUACCUGUCCUUCCUGAGGUUUGCCGUCUUCGUGAACAGUGAAAGUGUGGAAGAAAACGCCAGCGUCGUGGUCAAGCUGCUCAUCAGACGCCCCGAGUGUUUCGGCCCGGCCCUGCGGGGUGAAGGAGGAAAUGGUCUAUUGGCGGCCAUGCAAGGCGCCAUUAAGAUCUCCGAGAACCCAGCCCUCGACCUCCCCUCGCAGGGGUAUAAAAGAGAAGUCAGCAUGGAGGACCAUGAAGAUGAAGAAGAGAUUGUGCACAUGGGCAACGCAAUUAUGUCAUUUUAUUCGGCUCUUAUAGAUCUGCUGGGCCGCUGUGCUCCUGAAAUGCACCUUAUCCAGACAGGAAAGGGGGAAGCCAUCCGGAUCAGGUCCAUCCUGCGCUCCCUGGUCCCCACCGAGGACUUGGUUGGAAUCAUCAGCAUCCCCUUGAAACUGCCCUCCCUGAACAAAGAUGGAUCAGUCAGCGAACCAGAUAUGGCGGCCAACUUCUGCCCCGACCACAAGGCACCCAUGGUGCUGUUCUUGGACCGUGUUUAUGGUAUAAAGGAUCAAACUUUCCUGCUCCACUUGUUGGAAGUUGGAUUUUUACCUGACUUAAGAGCCUCUGCCUCUUUAGAUACAGUCUCCCUAAGCACCACCGAGGCCGUGCUGGCACUGAACAGGUACAUAUGUUCUGCUGUGCUCCCGCUUCUCACAAGAUGCGCCCCUCUCUUUGCUGGAACAGAGCACUACUCCUCUUUGAUCGACUCUACACUGCAGACAAUAUACAGGCUUUCCAAGGGCCGUUCCCUCACCAAAGCUCAGAGGGACACCAUAGAGGAGUGUUUGCUGGCCAUUUGCAAUCACUUGAGGCCUUCCAUGUUACAGCAACUCCUGCGACGUCUAGUUUUUGAUGUGCCGCAACUCAGUGAAUACUGCAAAAUGCCUCUUAAGCUUCUGACAAAUCACUACGAACAGUGCUGGAAGUAUUACUGUCUGCCGUCAGGCUGGGGGAGCUACGGUCUGGCUGUGGAGGAUGAGCUGCAUCUGACAGAGAAGCUCUUCUGGGGGAUUCUUGACUCCCUUUCCCAUAAGAGGUAUGACCCAGAUCUCUUCCGAAUGGCCCUGCCCUGUCUCAGUGCUAUAGCUGGGGCCUUGCCACCAGACUAUUUAGAUACCAGAAUCUCAGCCACAAUGGAGAAACAGAUCUCAGUGGACGCAGAUGGCAACUUUGAUCCCAAGCCUAUCAACACCAUGAAUUUCUCCUUGCCUGAAAAAUUGGAAUACAUCGUCACCAAGUAUGCUGAGCACUCACAUGAUAAAUGGGCCUGUGAUAAGAGUCAGAAUGGAUGGAAAUAUGGAAUUUCCCUGGAUGAAAAUGUGAAGACCCAUCCAUUGAUCAGGCCUUUCAAGACAUUAACAGAGAAGGAGAAGGAAAUUUAUCGCUGGCCUGCCAGAGAGUCCCUGAAAACCAUGCUGGCUGUGGGCUGGACGGUAGAGAGGACCAAAGAGGGAGAAGCCCUGUUUCAACAGCGGGAAAAUGAGAAGCUUCGAAGCAUGUCCCAGGCCAGCCAGGGCAACAGCUACAGCCCUGCUCCCCUGGACCUCUCCAAUGUUGUACUCUCCAGAGAGCUCCAGGGGAUGGUGGAGGUGAUAGCUGAGAACUAUCACAAUAUCUGGGCCAAGAAGAAGAAGCUGGAGCUGGAGAGCAAAGGUGGCGGCAGUCACCCUCUUUUGGUACCGUAUGACACCUUGACUGCCAAGGAAAAGUUCAGGGACCGGGAGAAGGCCCAGGACCUGUUUAAGUUCCUCCAAGUGAACGGCAUUGUGGUUUCUAGAGGUAUCAAGGAUAUGGGGCUGGAUGCCUCCUCCAUGGAAAAGAGGUUUGCCUAUAAGUUUUUGAAGAAGACCCUGAAAUAUGUUGAUUCUGCUCAAGAGUUUAUUGCCCAUUUGGAAACCAUUGUCAGCAGUGGGAAAACUGAAAAGUCUCCCCAUGACCAGGAGAUCAAAUUCUUUGCCAAAGUUCUUCUCCCACUGGUUGACCAGUACUUUACCAAUCACCGCCUCUACUUCCUCUCGUCCCCUCUGAAGCCCCUUAGCAGCAGCGGGUAUGCCUCUCAUAAGGAGAAAGAAAUGGUGGCCAGCCUGUUCUGCAAACUCGCUGCUCUUGUUCGACAUAGGAUUUCCCUCUUUGGGAACGAUUCUACUACAAUGGUGAGCUGUCUUCACAUCUUAGCUCAGACACUUGACACAAGGACAGUCAUGAAGUCAGGCUCAGAGCUGGUGAAGGCCGGGUUACGAGCAUUCUUUGAAAAUGCAGCCGAAGACUUAGAGAAGACUUCAGAAAAUCUGAAGCUUGGCAAGUUUACCCAUUCCAGAACGCAGAUUAAAGGCGUCUCUCAGAAUAUAAACUACACCACGGUGGCUCUGCUCCCCAUCCUGAAGUCCAUCUUUGAGCAUGUGGCUCAGCAUCAGUUCGGGGUGGAUUUACUCUUGGGUGACGUGCAGAUUUCAUGCUACCAUAUACUGUGCAGCCUCUACUCCCUUGGGACAGGAAAGAACAUCUAUGUUGAAAGGCAACGUCCUGCCCUCGGAGAAUGCCUGGCCUCACUGGCAGGUGGCAUACCNNNNGCAUUCCUGGAGCCCACCCUUGACUGCUACAACCCACUCUCAGUCUUCAACGCCAAAACCCCCAGGGAGAGGUCUAUUCUGGGGAUGCCAGACACGGUGGAGGAGAUGUGCCCUGACAUCCCCCAGCUGGAAGGCCUGAUGAAGGAAAUCAACGACCUGGCCGAGUCAGGGGCCCGGUACACGGAGAUGCCCCACGUCAUCGAGGUGAUCUUGCCCAUGCUCUGCAACUACCUGUCCUACUGGUGGGAGCGGGGGCCUGAGCACCUGCCCCCCAGCACAGGGCCCUGGUGCACCAAGGUCACCUCUGAACACCUCAGUGUCAUCCUGGGCAACAUUCUGAAAAUCAUCAACAACAACCUGGGCAUCGAUGAGGCCUCCUGGAUGAAGCGCAUUGCAGUGUAUGCCCAGCCAAUCGUCAGCAAAGCCAGGGCAGACCUGCUAAGAAGCCACUUCAUCCCAACUCUGGAGAAGCUGAAGAAAAAGGCUGUGAAGACCGUGCAGGAAGAGGAGCAGCUGAAAGCCGACAGCAAAGGGGACGCCCAGGAGGCAGAGCUCCUCAUUCUGGAUGAGUUUGCCGUCCUCUGCAGAGACCUCUAUGCCUUCUACCCCAUGCUGAUCCGCUACGUGGACAACAACAGAUCUAACUGGCUCAAAAGCCCCGAUGCUGACUCUGACCAGCUCUUCCGCAUGGUGGCAGAGGUCUUCAUCCUGUGGUGUAAAUCUCACAACUUCAAGAGGGAAGAGCAAAAUUUUGUGAUUCAGAACGAAAUUAAUAAUUUGGCAUUUUUAACUGGAGACAGCAAAAGCAAGAUGUCAAAAGCCAUGCAAGUAAAGUCUGGAGGACAGGACCAGGAGCGGAAGAAGACGAAGCGGAGGGGGGACUUGUAUUCCAUCCAGACCUCCCUCAUCGUGGCUGCACUCAAGAAAAUGCUGCCCAUUGGUUUGAAUAUGUGCACCCCAGGCGAUCAGGAGCUGAUCUCCCUCGCAAAAUCACGGUACAGCUAUAAGGACACAGACGAAGAGGUGAAGGAACAUCUGUGGAAUAACUUGCACUUGCAAGAAAAGUCUGAUGACCCAGCUGUAAAGUGGCAACUGAACCUAUACAAGGAUGUUUUGAAGAGUGAAGAACCUUCCAACCCAGAAAAGACAGUGGAGCGUGUGCAGAGAAUUUCAGCAGCUGUCUUCCACCUAGAGCAGGUGGAACAGCCUUUGAGGUCCAAGAAGGCGGUCUGGCACAAACUGCUAUCAAAGCAGCGGAAACGGGCAGUGGUGGCCUGUUUCAGGAUGGCCCCUCUCUACAACCUGCCCAGGCACCGCUCUAUUAACCUCUUCCUCCAUGGCUAUCAGAGAUUUUGGAUAGAAACAGAGGAGUAUUCCUUUGAAGAGAAACUAGUACAGGAUUUGGCUAAAUCUCCCAAGGUGGAAGAAGAAGAGGCGGAGGAGACAGAAAAGCAGCCAGACCCACUUCAUCAGAUCAUACUCCACUUUAGCCGCAAUGCUCUCACAGAGAGGAGCAAACUGGAAGACGACCCUUUGUACACCUCCUAUGCCAGCAUGAUGGCCAAGAGUUGUCAGAGUGGGGAAGACGAAGAAGGGGAGGAAGACAAGGAAAAAACGUUUGAAGAGAAAGAAAUGGAAAAGCAGAAAACCCUCUAUCAGCAAGCUCGGCUGCACGAGCGUGGAGCCGCAGAGAUGGUCCUUCAGAUGAUAAGCGCCAGCAAAGGUGAGAUGAGCCCCAUGGUGGUUGAGACUCUGAAGCUGGGGAUCGCCAUUCUGAAUGGGGGCAACGCUGGCGUGCAGCAGAAAAUGCUAGAUUACCUAAAGGAGAAAAAGGAUGCUGGGUUCUUUCAAAGCCUUUCUGGUCUUAUGCAGUCUUGCAGUGUCCUUGAUUUGAAUGCAUUUGAGAGGCAGAAUAAAGCUGAAGGCCUGGGGAUGGUUACUGAGGAAGGAACACUCAUCGUUCGUGAGCGUGGUGAAAAAGUACUCCAGAAUGAUGAGUUUACACGAGAUCUCUUUAGAUUCCUACAGUUACUUUGUGAAGGACAUAACAGUGAUUUCCAGAACUUCCUGCGGACUCAGAUGGGCAACACCACCACCGUGAACGUCAUCAUCAGUACCGUGGACUACCUUCUGCGUCUGCAGGAAUCAAUCAGUGACUUCUACUGGUAUUAUUCAGGGAAGGACGUCAUUGAUGAAUCAGGACAGCACAAUUUUUCCAAAGCCCUGGCGGUCACCAAGCAGAUUUUCAAUUCUCUUACGGAAUACAUCCAGGGCCCCUGCAUUGGGAACCAGCAGAGCCUCGCUCACAGUAGGCUAUGGGAUGCAGUGGUCGGCUUUCUCCAUGUAUUUGCUAACAUGCAGAUGAAACUCUCUCAGGAUUCCAGUCAGAUCGGGCUGCUGAAGGAACUCUUGGAUCUCCUUCAGGACAUGGUGGUGAUGCUUCUGUCCCUCCUGGAAGGGAAUGUGGUAAAUGGAACUAUUGGCAAGCAGAUGGUUGACACACUGGUAGAGUCCUCUACCAAUGUAGAAAUGAUCUUGAAAUUUUUUGACAUGUUCUUGAAACUUAAAGACUUAACCGGCUCAGACACCUUCAAAGAAUAUGACCCCGAUGGGAAAGGGAUCAUCUCCAAAAAGGAAUUCCAGAAGGCCAUGGAAGGGCAAAAACAGUACACGCAGUCGGAGAUUGACUUUCUCCUUUCGUGCGCAGAAGCGGAUGAGAAUGACAUGUUUAAUUACGUUGACUUUGUAGACCGGUUCCACGAGCCGGCCAAGGACAUAGGGUUUAACGUGGCGGUGUUAUUGACAAACCUCUCCGAGCAUAUGCCAAAUGAUUCUCGCCUUAAGUGUCUGUUGGACCCAGCCGAAAGCGUACUCACUUACUUUGAACCGUACCUAGGACGCAUUGAGAUCAUGGGUGAGGCCAAGAAAAUUGAGCGUGUUUAUUUUGAGAUCAGUGAGUCCAGUCGAACUCAGUGGGAGAAGCCCCAGGUGAAGGAGUCUAAGCAGCAGUUCAUCUUUGAUGUCGUCAACGAAGGCGGAGAGCAAGAGAAGAUGGAGCUGUUCGUGAACUUCUGUGAAGACACCAUCUUUGAGAUGCAGUUAGCAUCACAGAUCUCAGAAUCGGACUCAGCCGACAGGCCAGAAGAGGAGGAGGAAGAAAAUGAAGACUCUUCCUAUACGUUAGAAGUUGAGGGUGAAGAGGACGACAAGGCUUUUGAGUGUGCCUCUGCGUUUGCCGUGGCCUGUGCCUCAGUGAAGAGAAACGUGGCCAACUUUGUGAAGAGGGCCACCCUGAAGAACCUCAAGAAGCAGUGUAGGAAGGUAAAGAAGAUGACUCUGAAGGAGCUGGUGAAGGUGUUCCUCUCUUUCUUCUGGACGUUGUUCGUGGGGCUUUUCCACUUGCUCUGCGCCAUACUGGGAGGAGUCUUUCAGAUUCUCUGGAGCACGGUGUUUGGAGGGGGCCUCAUAGAAGGCGCAAAGAACAUCAGAGUCACAAAGAUCCUGGGUGACAUGCCUGACCCAACCCAAUUUGGUAUCCACGAUGAUGCGAUGGAGGCCGAGAGGGCAGAAGUGCCCGAGCCGGGUAUCGCCACGGAACUCGUGCGCUUCGUAAAGGCGGAGAGGGGAGAUGCGGAUAUUAUGUCAGAUCUCUUCGGACUCCAGUCAAAGAAAGAAGGUGGCUUAAAGCAUGGGCCUGAAGUGGGUUUGGGUGACCUCUCUGAGAUUACUGGCAAGGAUGAACCCCCCACGUUAGAGAGUACUGUACGGGAGAAAAGGAAAGCACAGGCAGCAGAGACGAAAGAAGCUCACGAAGCCGAAGGAAAAGUGGAGUCUGAGAAGGCAGACACGGAAGAUGGGGAGAAAGAGGACACAGCCAAAGAAGAGCAGGCCGAGGCCGGGUGGGCAGAUGCGACCAAAAGGAAGAAGCGAUGGUGUGGCCAGAAAAUUGAGAAGCCUGAAGCCUUCAUGGCCAGUUUCUUUAAAGGGCUGGAAAUCUAUCAGACCAAGCUGCUGCACUACCUGGCCAGGAAUUUCUACAACCUGAGGCUCCUUGCUCUGUUUGUAGCCUUCGCUAUCAACUUCAUCCUGCUCUUUUACAAGGUCACCGAGGAACCUUUAGAAGAAGAGACAGAAGACAUUGCAAACCUGUGGAAUUCCUUUAAUGAUGAGGAAGAGGAAGAAGCAGUGGUAUUCUUUGUCCUGCAGGAGAGCACUGGAUAUAUGGCGCCAACGUUGCGGGCCCUGGCCGUUAUCCACACCAUCAUUUCUUUAGUCUGCGUGGUGGGCUAUUACUGCCUGAAGGUUCCUUUGGUGGUAUUCAAAAGAGAAAAAGAAAUUGCCAGGAAGCUGGAGUUUGACGGCCUGUAUAUCACCGAACAGCCUUCUGAAGAUGACAUCAAGGGGCAAUGGGAUCGCUUGGUAAUCAACACACCAUCUUUUCCUAAUAACUACUGGGACAAGUUUGUAAAGAGAAAGGUGAUCAACAAGUAUGGAGAUCUCUACGGAGCAGAACGCAUUGCUGAACUCCUGGGGUUGGACAAAAAUGCCCUCGACUUUAGUCCAGUAGAAGAGACCAAAGCACAGGCAGCCUCCCUGGUGUCAUGGCUAAGUUCCAUCGACAUGAAGUACCAUAUCUGGAAGCUGGGAGUUGUUUUUACUGACAAUUCCUUUCUCUACCUCGCCUGGUACACGACCAUGUCAGUCCUGGGCCACUACAACAAUUUCUUCUUUGCUGCUCAUCUGCUGGAUAUCGCGAUGGGCUUCAAGACUCUGAGGACUAUUCUGUCAUCUGUCACUCACAAUGGCAAACAGUUGGUCCUGACUGUCGGUCUCCUGGCCGUGGUGGUUUACCUCUAUACCGUGGUGGCGUUCAACUUCUUUCGCAAGUUCUACAACAAAAGUGAAGGCGACGAUGAGCCCGACAUGAAGUGUGAUGACAUGAUGACGUGUUACCUGUUCCACAUGUACGUGGGAGUGAGGGCUGGAGGUGGCAUUGGCGAUGAAAUUGAAGACCCCGCUGGGGACCCGUACGAAAUGUACCGCAUCGUCUUUGACAUUACAUUCUUCUUCUUCGUCAUUGUCAUCCUGCUGGCCAUCAUCCAAGGUCUUAUUAUUGAUGCUUUUGGGGAGCUGAGAGACCAGCAAGAACAAGUACGAGAGGAUAUGGAGACUAAAUGUUUCAUCUGUGGGAUCGGCAAUGACUACUUUGACACGACCCCUCAUGGUUUUGAAACACACACCUUACAAGAGCACAACUUAGCCAACUACUUGUUCUUCCUGAUGUAUUUGAUUAAUAAAGAUGAAACAGAGCACACAGGUCAGGAAUCUUAUGUCUGGAAGAUGUACCAAGAAAGGUGUUGGGAUUUCUUCCCUGCUGGUGACUGCUUCCGGAAACAGUACGAAGAUCAGCUUGGAUAA